AUGUUGUCCAUCGUUUUGUAUGACCAAGCAGCAGCGGCAGCAGUAUGGCUUGUCUGGCCCCUUCCCAUCAAGUUCUUUUCUCAGUUUGUUCGAUUGUCGGUUGUGGCGUUGCACAGUCACUGUCUCGCGACCAACUAUUUCCUGGAGAUCGUAGUCAAGUGCAUCCUUCAUGUGCCCCCACCAGACACACAGGAGGACCUUCUUUAG